AUGUCUUCAUCCGACCCCAUCACGGAUUACGGCUUUACGGCCGUCCCCUCCUCAUCCGCUACUCUUGCAGCGGAUGCCCCAGCAACACCUGCCCCCUUCCUUGCGGUCACUGAGCUUCCAAUCCCUACCACACCUCUUGCUCGGCGUAUCAAUGAAUAUGCGAAAUCGUGUCUUCCUGAGCCCACUUACAAUCACUCUCUUCGGGUCUAUCACUUCGGUCUCGCGAUCAAACGGUACAGGUUUCCUGAAUGGACCUUGACGGAUGAAACCUACUUCCUUGCCUGUUUGCUCCAUGAUAUUGGAACAACCAGUGAGCAUCUGAGAGCCACAAAGUUGAGCUUUGAGUUCUUUGGUGGCUUGAAAACACUGGAAGUUCUGCAGCACUCGUCUUCUGCUGAAGGCUCGGAUGCCGUCGCACCCAAAGACCAAGCAGAGGGCGUGGCAGAAGCAGUGAUCCGGCAUCAGGACUUGUGUCAAAAGGGCAAAAUCACAGCCCUUGGCCAAUUGCUUCAGUUGGCAACUAUCUUUGAUAACACUGGCGCCUACGCCAAUUUGGUUCAUCCUUCAACCAUUGAAGAUGUUUCCAAGCAUUUCCCUCGUCUCCAGUGGAGCAAUUGCUUCGUCAGUACCAUCAAUGAAGAGAUUCGGCUUAAGCCUUGGGCCCACUCUACCACACUCGGCGAAAAAGAGUUCCCUGAAAGGAUUCUGGGGAACACUCUUAUGGCGCCCUACGAAUGA